AUGCAAAUCACUUCAAAGAUGCCCUGCACAGAUUACUCGUCCGACACUGAAGAAUGUACACCAGAUUGCAAAUUCCCAACGUCAGGUGAAAACCCAGUUGGCCUAGAUGGACCUCCCAGACACGGAUCCCAACAGUCUCAUGGGCCUGGAGAAUUCAUGCCUGGUGGAUUUUCUAGAUCCCAUCCACCAGGACCACCGCCCUGUGGUCAUGGCUUUUUUGAGCACGGUCGUGACGGUCGUCAUUCUCAAGGCUUUGGGAGAGGAUUCAGAGGUGGCAGAGGUGGCAGAGGUGACACAGGUGACAGAGGUGGCAGAGGUGGCAGAGGUGGCAGAGGUGGCAGAGGCGGUAGGAGUGGCCACAGAGGUGGACGAGGAGGUCAUUAUGGCGAUCCCUGGCUCUCUGCUCCCCAUUUUGAAUGUCAUAUGCACCACCACCAUUACGGCCAUGGUCCUGAAAACUUCUCUGGGCCACACUCAGGAUUUAGCAGCUUCAAUGAAGCUCCUAUUCACCCACCUUCAUAUGUUCCUUUCAUCCAGGAUAGGAGCUGGCAGUUCCCCCACGGCCACCGCUACCAUAAUCACCAUCAACCCCACGGCCUCCGGACCCAUCAUCAUGGGAGAGGACCACACCACUUCGAUUUCCAAAAAGGUCCCAUAAAUGAUGGGGACGCUCAUUGGCGCUCCUGCUACAAUAAUUUUGUUAGUCCACACCGCUGGUAA